AUGCAAGCAGUCGUUUGCUGCUUCUCGCAGCGGCAUGCCGUUGCUGUACAAACAAUAGCAGCGCCUUACCGCGCUGUGCAGCUCACUGCAAGGGCAGAUGAAGAAAAUGAAAGAAGGAAAUGGAGGAGUAUUUCUAUCAUAUUUUAUUGUACCAUCGAUGAUACACGAAAUAAUGGGAAGAAUAACAGCACGAUACAAUAUUGCCCAGGUGCUACCAUAGACGGAAUAACUGGUAAGCCUCUUCACCAGCUUCAGAUGGCAUCAAUCAAGGAAUGUUGUUGCACAGAAGCUGCAACAGAUAGAACCAUAGUUGUUGGCGGUGAUAUUGUAGCAUAUAUUAACUAA